AUGCUGCUAGCCCUUCAUCGUGCCAAGAUGCUAGCACGAAUGAUCAAAGCUGCACGCUCACCCGACUGGCCAACGCCUCCAACAAACGAUCUGCCGACUAAGGGUGUCUGCGAUGAACUUAUCGGACAUUACCUCAGGACCAUCGAGACGCUUUAUCGCAUUCUCCAUGUGCCCACUUUCCGAAAAGACUACGAAGUAUUAUGGACAAGCGAAGCCGACGUUAAGACUGGCUUCAUGGUGCAGUUAAAGCUCGUUCUGGCCAUUGGUGCAAUCUUCUAUGAUGAGAAUUGUUCAAUGCGACCUGAAAUAACACGCUGGAUCUACGAAGGUCAGACCUGGCUCUCUUCGCCUUCUUACAAGUCAAAACUGGGUAUCCAGCACCUUCAGACCAGCAUCUUACUGCUUCUUGCUCGGGAGUAUGCUGAUGUCGGAUCUGAACUUGUCUGGAUAUCCGCUGGAGCACUGCUUCGAGAGGCAGUGUAUAUUGGUCUGCACAAAGAUCCUGUUUACUUGCCAAAAAUAAGCGUUCGCAGCGCAGAGAUGCGCCGCCGAAUUUGGAAUACGAUACUAGAGCUCAAUGUACAGUUCAGCUUGAUCUCCGGCGGUCCCUGCCUCAUCUCAUUAGAGGACUUCAAUACCGGACCACCUGGCAAUUACGAGGACCAGGAGCUUAUGGCGCACGAACCAAAUCGCCAGCCAGACCAUGUUUUCACGUCGACCUCAAGCGCAAUAGCAUUCCGGAAAACGUUACCGAUACGCCUCACCGUUGUCAAGUUUCUAAAUGAUAUCGCGACAAGCGGGACUUUUGAGGAAACGCUCCGCACCGACACUGCCUUACGAGCAUCAUAUAAAACACUUCGUAGGGAUUUAAAGGAGAUGAACGCAACAGAAUGCCAUCCAUUUGCUUCAACGGCCAUCGAGUUCAUGAUGCAGCGCUACAUCUCAUCCUUGCAUAUCCCCUACUUCAACCCCUCAUUGCACGAAGCCAUCUACGCUUUCUCGCGCAAGACCGUGUUCGACACCUCCCUCAGACUAUGGAACCUCGCCUACUUCACCGAUGCUUCGAAAGAAACAGAUUUCGUCCGUCUUUGUCGCUGCGGAGCAGGCUUCUUCCGCGCAUUCACAUUACACGCCUCGACCUUUUUGGCAGUCGAGUUGCGUGUACAACUACAAGAAGAAGACAGUGUGCCGCGCCCAGAUCUGCUAUCUAUACCCGAAGAUGCCGCCAACUUUUACCUGAGGUGCAUCGAAGCUGGAGAGACAGGUAUCAAGGGUUAUCUACUCCUCCGGACACUCGUCGCUCGAAUUGGUGCCGUCAAGCAAGGACUAGGACGUGUUGAAAUGCAAAAUUCAAUCGGACAAGCUGCUGAAAAUGCAGUGGAACAAUGCGCACGAGUGCUAGAGAGACUAGCAGGUCUAGGGAGCGAGGAUGCAGGUGGCGAAUUCGACUUUCAAAUGCCGGUGGACUUCAUCGGUGAUUGGGAUCUGACGAUGUCUGACAUGUUCAAUUUUGAUGGCGGGAGUAAUUUCGAAGCUUUCAUGAUUUAG